GAGCAGGAAGCGCAGCGGCGAGGCGGAGGUGGCGGCGGCGGCGGCGGCGGCGGAGGAGGCUGAGCUGGUGGUGGCCGAGGCGGAAGAGACAGCUCCGGGGGGUGGCAGCGGCCCUUGGGAGCAGGAUGCGGGUCCGGUUCGGGCUGACGCUGCUGCUCUGGGCAGUGCUGCUGGGCUCGGCCUUGGCGUCCUCGGAUGAAGAAGGCAACCAGGAUGAAUCCAUAGAUUCCAAGACUUCUGUGCCGUCAGAUGAGUCGGUAGAGAACCACAGCCCAGCAGGCAGAGUAAUCGCUGGUCAGAUAUUCCUUGAUUCAGAAGAAUCUGAAUUGGAAUCACCUCCUCAAGAAGAGGAAGACAACCUCAGAAGCCAAGAAGGGGAAAGCAUCGCAGAAGAAAUCAGCUUUCUAGAAUCUCCAAACCCAGAAAACAAGGACUAUGAAGAGCCGACGAAAGUACGGACACCAGCUCUGACAGCCAUUGAAGGCACAGCGCACGGGGAGCCUUGCCACUUCCCUUUCCUCUUCCUGGAUAAGGAGUACGACGCGUGCACCUCGGACGGGAGGGACGACGGCAGACUGUGGUGUGCCACCACCUACGACUACAAGGCGGACGAAAAGUGGGGCUUCUGCGAGACUGAAGAAGAGGCUGCAAAAAGACGGCAAAUGCAGGAAGCGGAAAUGAUGUACCAGACCGGGAUGAAAAUCCUCAACGGCAGCAACAGGAAAAGCCAGAGGAGAGAAGCUUAUCGGUACCUUCAGAAGGCAGCCAGCAUGAACCACACGAAGGCCCUGGAGAGAGUGUCCUACGCUCUUCUGUUCGGUGAUUACCUGACGCAGAACAUCCAGGCGGCGAAAGAGAUGUUUGAGAAGCUGACCGAGGAGGGUUCUCCCAAGGGACAGACGGCUCUUGGCUUUCUCUAUGCUUCUGGACUUGGUGUUAAUUCAAGUCAGGCAAAGGCCCUUGUUUAUUACACUUUCGGAGCUCUUGGGGGCAACCUAAUAGCCCACAUGGUUUUGGUAAGUAAGAUUUAAAUGGAAGGUAAUAAA